AUGUUCGGCAGCGUCUUCUUCAUCUUCAACCGCUUGGUAGAAAUCGUCUUCCUGAUUCCCAUCAUCGGCAUCCUGGCCUAUUUUGUCGAUGGCUACCUCAAAGCAAACAUGCUGACACCCGCCUACAUCCUCGUCCUCUUCAUCGUCAGCGUCCUAGCCAUCUUCUGGUGCCUCGACACGCUGAUCCGAUUCAGCACAACUAAGCGCUCUGCCAUCUUUGUCUGCUUCGUCGACCUCCUCUUCUUCGGCGCCUUCAUCGCCGCUGUCUACCAGCUCCGCUUCAUCGCAAACGCAGACUGCGGUCAUUGGGAGGGUAACGCCUCGAUCUGGGUUUCUCUCGGUCCCUUCGGGCAGUAUGGUAGUCGCACCGAUAAUCCGCUCUCGUACCAUCUCAAUAAGACCUGCGCUAUGCUGAAGACAUCGUUCGCGCUCGGUAUUAUGGAGGUUAUUUUCUUCUCAUGGACUGCUUUCUGGGCGCUUUUCAUUCAUACGCGCUCGCGGGAGGUUGUUGUUAAGGAGACGCAUGUUCGUCGGCGCAGCCACUCUAGUCGUCGGGGUCAUUCUUCUGGUUCGCAUCAUCGUCACCGGAGCUCGUCGCGUCGGCCUGCUUAUGUGGUUUAG